AUGAGCUCCCAAGGCGGGUUCGGGCAGUCUAAAGAAUUCCUAGACCUCGUAAAAUCCAUCGGCGAGGCUCGAUCCAAAGCCGAAGAGGACCGGAUUGUCCUCCGCGAGGUGGAAACCCUAAAACGCCGAAUCGCCGAGCCUGAGAUCCCCAAAAGAAAGCUCAAAGAGUACAUACUUCGCCUGGUUUAUGUCGAAAUGCUCGGCCAUGACGCCUCUUUUGGGUACAUACACGCCGUGAAGAUGACCCACGACGAGAGUUUACUCCUAAAAAGAACUGGGUACUUGGCGGUGACACUGUUCUUGAACGAGGACCAUGAUUUGAUUAUAUUGAUUGUGAAUACGAUUCAGAAGGAUUUGAAAUCGGAUAAUUAUUUGGUGGUUUGUGCGGCCUUGAACGCUGUGUGUAAGUUGAUCAAUGAGGAGACUAUUCCUGCGGUCUUGCCUCAGGUGGUUGAGCUCUUGGGGCACCCAAAAGAGGCCGUGAGGAAGAAGGCGGUAAUGGCACUUCAUCGGUUUUAUCAGCGGUCAUCUUCUUCGGUUACCCAUCUUAUCUCCAAUUUCCGAAAAAAGCUUUGUGACAAUGAUCCAGGGGUUAUGGGUGCGACACUUUGUCCUCUCUUUGAUCUAAUCACAAUUGAUGUAAAUUCCUAUAAGGAUUUAGUCGUUAGCUUUGUAAACAUUCUUAAGCAAGUAGCUGAACGCAGAUUACCGAAGAGUUAUGAUUACCAUCAGAUGCCUGCUCCAUUCAUUCAGAUCAAGUUGCUGAAAAUUCUGUCUGUACUGGGCAAUGGUGACAAGCAGGCUAGUGAACAGAUGUAUACUGUUUUGGGUGACAGUAUGAGAAAAUGUGAUUCAACAAGUAAUAUAGGAAAUGCUGUUCUUUAUGAGUGCAUAUGUUGUGUUUCCUCUUUACAUCCCAAUCCUAAGUUAAUAGAAUCUGCGGCUGAUGCAAUUUCCAAAUUUUUGAAGAGUGAUAGUCAUAAUCUAAAAUAUAUGGGCAUUGAUGCUCUUGGUCGAUUGAUAAAGAUAAGUCCAGAAAUUGCUGAAAAACAUCAACUGGCUGUUAUCGAUUGCUUAGAGGACCCAGAUGAUACGCUAAAGCGAAAAACCUUUGAACUGCUUUAUAAAAUGACGAAGUCAUCCAAUGUGGAAGUGAUUGUGGACCGUAUGAUUGACUACAUGAUAAGCAUCAAUGAUAAUCAUUACAAAACUGAAAUAGCAUCCAGAUGUGUGGAACUUGGGGAGCAAUUUGCGCCAAGCAACCAGUGGUUUAUUCAGACCAUGAAUAAAGUAUUCGAGCAUGCAGGAGAUUUAGUGAAUAUUAAGGUGGCACAUAACUUGAUGCGGUUGAUUGCCGAGGGAUUUGGAGAGGAUGAUGAUACUGCAGAUAGUCAGCUGAGAUCAUCUGCUGUGGAGUCAUAUUUGCGUAUUAUUGGAGAGCCAAAACUUCCAUCUGCAUUUCUUCAAGUCAUUUGUUGGGUCUUGGGUGAAUACGGAACUGCAGAUGGAAGGUACUCCCCCUCGUAUAUCACUGGGAAGCUGUGUGAUGUGGCAGAGGCACAUUCAAGUGAUGACAUGGUCAAGGCAUAUGCGGUAACGGCACUUAUGAAAAUAUACUCAUUUGAAAUAGCAGCAGGGAGAAAAGUAGAAAUGCUACCUGAGUGCCAAUCCUUGAUUGAAGAAGUAUCUGCAUCCCACUCAACAGACCUGCAACAACGUGCUUAUGAACUUCAAGCAGUCAUUGGUUUGAAUGCUCAUGCUGUUGGGAAUAUAAUGCCACUGGAUGCAAGUUGUGAAGACAUUGAGAUUGAUAAGAGCCUCUCAUUCCUCGACAAUUACGUCCAACAGGCCUUGGAAAAGGGGGCUCAGCCCUAUAUUCCUGAGAGUGAGCGUUCUGGAGUUUUAAAUAUCAGCAACUUUAGAAGCCAAGACCAGCAUGAAGCUUCAAUACAUGCUCUUAGGUUUGAAGCCUAUGAGCUUCCAAAGCCCUCGUUGCCAUCAAGGACAACUCCUGUUACACUGGCAUCCUCAACUGAACUUGUUCCAGUACCUGAGCCAUCUUAUCCUAGGGAGGUCCACCAAGCUGCCUCUGUGCCGUCUUUGACUGAUACAGGGUCAUCAGACCUCAAGCUACGACUUGAUGGGGUUCAAAAGAAGUGGGGCAGGUCAACGUACUCUUCUGCACCAUCUACUUCAAACUCUGAUUCCCAUAGGACUGGGAAUGGGGCGACACCUGAUGUUGUGGCCAGUGUAAACUCAAAAGCACGCGAGGUUUCUUAUGCUUCAAGAAGGUCGCAAGUUGAGAUUUCUCCAGAAAAGCAGAAACUUGCUGCUUCACUGUUUGGAGGUACAACAAAACCGGAGAAAAAGCAAUCCUCUAGUGGUCAUAAGGUUUCAAAGACAAACAGUCAUGCAACAGAUAAGUCUCAUGGAGCCAAGGGAGCAAUUUCUUCUGAAACUCAUGCAGUUUCGACAACUACUCUCCAGCCACCUCCAGACUUGCUUGAUUUGGGUGAACCAAUCAUUACUAGUAAUGCCCCAUCUGUGGAUCCGUUCAAGCAAUUGGAAGGUCUUCUUGACUUAACCCAAGAUACUUCAGUUGUAAAUUCUGGUGCAGCUGGUGCUACUAAAGCACCUGAUAUAAUGUCACUCUAUGCAGAGAUGCCUACAAGUGGGCAGAGUGAUAGUGUUGCAAAUCCUCUUUCAUCUGAUAUCUAUGAUGCUACUCUCAUUUCUGGGUUGUCAAAUGCGACUAACAGAACCUCUCAUGGAGGAAAUACAAUUAUGCAACCGACUCAAUUAAGUAAGGGCCCAAAUCCUAAAGGAUCUUUGGAAAAGGAUGCGCUUGUGAGGCAGUUGGGUGUGAACCCAUCAAGUCAGAAUCCCAACUUGUUCAAGGAUUUGCUUGGCUAA